UUUGUUCAUAAAAAGUUUAUUUAUGUUAGUUUUAAUGUAACAUUGAUUAAAUAAAGAAAUUAAAAGGGCAAAUGACCAAACUACUGCCUUGUCCUUUGUUCAGCUCAUGCCGAUUGAGAGAAUGAGUAUUUAUUUAAAAUAAAUUGUGUUUUUAUAAACCUUUUUGAUAGGUACUUUUUCACCAGGGGGUCAUUUAGUUUUCACUGAAACCUGAAAAUGUUUGAUCUGUGAAUAAAUUUGUCGUAUAAUUAAUUUUAUGAUAUAAAAUGCAACUCAUUGCUACUCCCUGUGUUUAGAAAAGCUUAAAAUGCUUGUCAUUCAAAUGUCUUUUUAUAGAUUAUUAGCAAUAUAUUGAAAAAUAUGAUGCAAUAUAUAGCAAUACAAUUUUAGGGGAAAAUAAAAUUCUUAAAAUUCUUGUAACCUUUAUACAAUGUACACAAAAGAAGCAAAAAAAAUAAAUAAAUCAUGUCUAUCUCUGCAACAAGUACAAAAAAUAAAUCAUAAAAAUAAUUUAAAGCUGUAUAAAAAUAAAAAAAAAACAUUUUGUGCAUUUUUCUUUACAAACUCUAAUGAUUACUGUGUAAACUGAAAAUGCUUAAACGUCUAGCUAUGCUCUGGACCAAACUAAUACUUAGUUGCAGAACCACCUUUUUCAGAGAACCGUGGGAGUUAUUGACGACCAGCUUCUGGUACCUGUGAGCAGAUCUUCCACUCCAGGAUGAUUCAUUCCACCAUCCCUCUGCGUUUCUUGGCCUUAUCCCAGAAACGGCAGGUCUGACGUCACUUCACAGGUUUUCCGUUGGAUUAGGACCAAGGGAUUGGGCCGGCCGCUCUGUGAAGUUUACCUUUUUAAACAGAAUCAAGACCUGACAGUACUGCUGUGUUAGCUGGGAAGUGGGAACUCGGAGCUGGAUUUGACGUCAUACUCGAGGCUCUCUGCUCUCCAAUCAACUUGUCAAUCAUCUCCAGAGAUGGAGCGCAACGAGACCAAGUGCGAUUACUGUGGUGUAAGCUACCUGACUUUAUAUGAGAAUCGUCAGCUCCAGAGUCGGUUGGCUCAGUUAGAGGCUGAGCUCCAGGAAUGGAAGGAGACUGCCCAGAGGGAAAAGGCCCAACUGGAGGCUUGGGAGCUGAACAGGCUGGAGCAGGAGAGGGAGCUUCAGGCACAAGUUGAUGUCAGGGAGAAAACCACCAGAGACGAGCUGGAGAAAAGGUACAGGGACAUGACGAAAACGCUAAAAGAUGAGUUUGAAGCAAAAUCUGAUAGAACGAGGAAUAAGAUGAAAGCGGACCAUCAAAAAAUCAUUGAAGAGAAAGAAAGACAGCUGAGAAGGGAGCUUGGAGACUUGAUGGUGGAGAAACUAAGAAAGCAGAGGGAAGAACUGAAGAAGAGUGCUGAGGAGAGAGAAACUGUUCUGAGGACUGACCUUCAGAAGGCCAAAGAAAUUUCAAAGAACCUGAAGAAAAACCUUCAUGAGCUCAGACAGAGGCUGGGGACGGCAGACGACAUGAAGGAUGAGGCACAAGAGAAACUUAGAAAAGAGAAGCAGAAUGUUGAAACACUCAGGUAAGGAUGGUACAUAAAAACAGUG